AUGCUGGUGGUCCUGCUGACGGGGGCCUUGCUGGCACUGAGCUCAGCUCAGAGCUCAAGUGAAGAGGAAACAACUCACCCAAAAUCACCUCACGGUGGAGGCAGCCAGGCACAGCCUCGUCCACCCCACCCUGACCUAGGCAAUGAGACACAGCCUCGUCCUCCUCGCCCUGACCAAGGUAACCAGACAAAGCCUCGUCCUCCUCGCCCUGACCAAGGAAAUCAGACAGAGUCUCGUCCUCCUCGCCCUGACCAAGGAAAUCAGACAGAGUCUCGUCCUCCUCGCCCUGACCAAGGAAAUCAGACACAACCUCGUCCUCCUCGCCCUGACCAAGGAAAUCAGACAGAGUCUCGUCCUCCUCGCCCUGACCAAGGAAAUCAGACACAACCUCGUCCUCCUCGCCCUGAGCAAGGAAAUCAGACACAGCCUCGUCCUCCUCGCCCUGACCAAGGAAAUCAGACAGAGCCUCGUCCUCCUCGCCCUGACCAAGGAAAUCAGACAGCGCCUCGUCCUCCUCGCCCUGACCAAGGAAAUCAGACAGAGCCUCGUCCUCCUCGCCCUGAUCAAGGAAAUCAGACACAGCCUCGUCCUCCUCGCCCUGAUCAAGGAAAUCAGACAGCGCCUCGUCCUCCUCGCCCUGAUCAAGGAAAUCAGACACAGCCUCGUCCUCCUCGCCCUGACCAAGGAAAUCAGACAGCGCCUCGUCCCCCUCGCCCUGAUCAAGGAAAUCAGACACAGCCUCGUCCUCCUCGCCCUGAUCAAGGAAAUCAGACAGAGUCUCGUCCUCCUCGCCCUGACCAAGGAAAUCAGACAGAGUCUCGUCCUCCUCGCCCUGACCAAGGAAAUCAGACAGAGUCUCGUCCUCCUCGCCCUGAUCAAGGAAAUCAAACACAGCCUCGUCCUCCCCGGCCAGACCAAGGAAAUCAGACACAGCCUCAUCCUCCUCGGCCAGACACAGACCACCCCAGUAUCUGA